AUGUCGAGUGACGAGGACCUUGUGACAGAUGGAGGCUCAAGCUUGUCUGUACAGGCUUGUGUCGACAUGGAGUUUAACCAAGAACUGUACUUAAGGAUGAAAAAGAAACUAGAUCACCAAGAACAGGUCAUCUCAGAAUUGAAUGCAAAAAAUGAUAAACUAGAGGAGAACAUUGUCUCUGUGAAGGAGGACAAUAAGAGGCUGAGAGGGAUUAUUUCUAAGACAACAGAGAUGGUUGAACAGUGUAAGGCUGAGAUCACAGAAAAGAACCAGCAAAUCAAGUCUCUGGAGGACUCUGUUGCACACCAGGUAAAUCUCAAGAAACAAGUAGAGGAGUUUGAGAUCCACCGCAAGAUGAUGCAGGAAACUGAGCUCGACACUGAGGCCCAGCAGAUCCAGUCUUUAAAGGAGACUCUUUUGAAGGAGAGGCAAUCUCACAAGAAAGAAGUGGACCGCAUACGAGCUCAUUCCAAAGUAAUGGAAGCAAUCCACGCUCAGGCUCUGAAGGAUGUCGAGAAGAAACACAGGGUGAUCAUGAAGAGGCGCCUGAAAGAAGCAGAGCGGGACAAGAUACGUAUGCUGCACGAGCAGAUGGUGGAGUUCCAGACAGAGCGCCUCGCACUGAAGGAGCAGAAGAGGAUUGGUAUGAGGAAGCUAGAUGAGCUGAGGGAGGUGAUGGACGCCAAACUCAAUGCUGCCAAACAGGAGGUGAUUAAACUGCAGCAGGAGGUACAGCAGAGGAAGAAGGACAUUGGGGCAGCUGAAGGUCAGAUCUCCACUCUUAUGAAGGCACAGAAAAAACUGAUGUUGGAGCUGGAUGCAGGUAGGUCCAAUCUGAGAGAGACUAGCAACCAGCUGACUGCACUGCAGGAAGAACUUGAGUCCCAAAAGCAUCAGUGUGAGGCCAGAGUUGUCGCUGCCAUCGAAGAAGAAAAGCUCAAGUGGAUUCAAUCAUUCAAACAGGAGUUUACAAAGCUACAGCAGAAGCUCAGGGAAAAACAUGAGCAAGAAAAGGUUGCAGCGCUGGCUCUACUGACACAAACCAAGGACCAAGAACUGAACAGUGCCAAGGAGAAGUGGCAGCAGGAAGCUGUGGACCUGGCGGAGCAGAUCUCCCUGCUGAAGCUGGGCCAGGAGAUGCACCUGGCCCAGAUGCAGUCAUUACUGGAUAACAUGAAGCAGCAGUUAAGCCAGGAGAAGGAACAAGCAAAGAUCCUGCUGGACAAGCUACAGGGGAAGCACCAGUGGCAACUGCAGCAUCUGAAAGAAAUCCACCACAAAACCGUGCAGGACAUGGAGAGCACCUACCAGAGAGACCUGGAAGAGCAGAGGGAGCAUCUCUACUGUCAGCACCGUGCGGAGCUGCAGAUUCUCAAUGAGGAACACUGUCGGGAAAUGCAGGUGUUCAAGCAGGAGUCAAAACACGAGCUGCGAGAAUUAAAAAUUAGGCUGGAAAAGAGGACAAAUAGCAUGCUGUUCGUUCAACAAUCUGAGCUGAAACACAUGCAUGCAUCAGCAAUUGAACAACUGGAACAAAGGUACCAACAGGAGUCUGCCGCUGCCAAGGCAAAACUGGAGAAAACAGUGGAAAACAACCGCCAAGAGCAGCGUGAGAUGAUGAAUAGGAUCACUGAGCUCCAGGAAGAGCUGUUCCAGCGUAAGGAACACAUCACUCAGCUGGAACAUCAAAACCAGGAGCUCAACGAGAACAUCAGCACUCUAAAUAAAGAGCUCGGGGAGAAGGACAAUGAGGUGCUCCAGAUCCGCAGCGAAGCCAAUAAGUCUAUAAAGGCUCAUAAACAAGAGCUGCUAGAGAAGCACAGAGAGGAGCUUGCCAGUCUGGGAGCUGCUCACAACACAGAGAUCCAAGACAUGCUGGCAGACUUCAACAGACACGAGGAUGUGUUUAAAAACAUAAUCUGUAACCUCCAGAGUCAAGUUGAAGUUACAGAGAAAAGGUUUAGAAACAGGGAGAGUCGUCCUGAGGAUCUACAGCUCAUUGCUGGUCUGAAGGCCUCUGCUUCAGAGAAAGACUCUCAAAUUGAGAAACUUGAGAAGGGGAGGAAGACUUUACUGCUGGAACUGAACUACAUGGACAGCAUCAUGAACAAAUUUUUCCAUGGCAGCCCUAAUGUAAGAGCAACUAAACAAGUCACUGAGCAACAAAGGGUGAAGAAAACAGCGGCCAGCAGAUCCAAUGUCAAGGCUCUGGACGCAGCAGGUGCAGGAAUUGAGCAGGCCCUAUCUCCACUUCCAGGCCAGCCCAAGAGCCUAGAACCCAUCCCAAACUCCCGCACCCACAACUUUAAAUUCAACUCAUAUGAUCCACUGCCCCAACUGGUUAUGACCUCUAAACCUAAGGAAUCUGUAGAAAAACAUCCGGAGCCCAAAGUUAGCGAUGGUAAGAUAAAAACAGCCCACAGUUUCAGUGACGCUCCUGAUGUUAGCACUCUGCAGCCCACAGCUAAAAGCCUGACCAUGCCAGAUUCAGGAUCUUGUCAGUCCCCACCUCCAAUGCCCCCAGAGGCCAACCCCCUAAGACCCCAUCCCAAACUCAAAACAGUACUCCUGCCAGUUUCCCCCAUCAAACCCAAGACAUUUUCAAGAAACAGGAGUGUUAGACCACUGUGCCCAAAAUAUUGA